CCUAUAAAUACACUUAUAACCUAUAAAUACACACUAUAUCAAUUAUUGCUUCAACAACAAUUUCUACAAUCAACUAAAAUAUGGCUGCUGUAGUAAGUAAGGUGUUUUGUUCAAAUUCCGAGAUAGUUCUUGUAGUACGAAGGCGUCCACAUGUUGUGAAUGGGGGUGGUUUUAUAGUCACAAAUAAUUGUACCCAAAAUGUUGUUUUCAAAGUUGAUGGAUGUGGGGUUCUUGGAAAAAAAGAUGAACUUAUUCUCAGAGAUAGUGAUGGACAUGAUUUGCUUCUUAUUAGGAAAAAGGGAGGAGUAAUUGAAGCAUUAAGCAUGCAAAGGAAAUGGAGGGGUUAUAGUAAAGACUUUGAAGGUUCUGAAAAGUUGGUGUUUUGCUUGAAAGAGCCCAAUAACUCUUGUUUCUUCAAGAAGAUGCCAAUCAAGAUUUCUAUUGAAUCAAAUGAUUACAAAGAUCACAAGAUUUUUCAGAUUGCUGGAUAUUUCCCUGAUAGAGCCUGUAGCAUUAUUGACUCCUCUGGCAAUGUAGUUGCAAAGGUUGGAGCUAGGAAGGAGGUACAACAAGUGAUACCAAGCAAAGAUGUGUAUACAUUGACUAUUAAGGCAGGAAUUGAUCAAGCUUUUGUUGUUGGAGUUAUUGCUAUUCUUGAUUACAUAUAUGAUGGAUCUACAAGAUGCUAGUCCUAUAUCUAUAUAUUGGCAAAGAAGAUAAUGCUCACUACAUAUUAAUUAUUAUUCCUAAAGUUGUAUGCAAGAAUCUUGUCAUCAUCUUCUUGAAUUGAUGAGAAUAUAUUCAUUACAAUCUUUAAAUUACUUGUUUUCCUUAAUUAUGUAAACAAGCUAGCUACUUGAUGAAUUCAAUUACGUACCUUGUAUUCAAUGAAUGUGUAUCAGUUACACUUGAAGUUAUUGGCUACAGUCUGAAUAAUCUCUC